CGGGCGCGUCGCGGGCGGGCCACCCGCCGGCCCAGCCAGUGGCGCGCCGCGCUGAGCGCCGCCCUCGCGGGCCGCCCCGCCCCGCCGCCCCUCCCGGCAGAACUGCGCGCCGGAGCCCGUUCCGCGUCCCCGCCGCCGGGAGGAGGUGCCCGCACGCUCGCGGCGCGCGCCGGCCCCGGACUCGGCCUGUGGGCGAUUUCCUCCGGACCCAGGCUCCCCGCCCGAGGAGGAAGAUGCAGACCUUUCUCAAAGGGAAGAGAGUGGGCUACUGGCUGAGCGAGAAGAAGAUCAAGAAGCUCAAUUUCCAGGCCUUCGCCGAGCUGUGCAGGAAGCGAGGGAUAGAGGUGGUGCAGCUGAACCUCAGCCGGCCGAUCGAGGAGCAGGGUCCCCUGGACGUCAUCAUCCACAAGCUGACUGAUGUCAUCCUUGAAGCGGACCAGAACGACAGCCAGUCCCUGGAGCUGGUGCACAGGUUCCAGGAGUACAUCGAUGCCCACCCUGAGACCAUUGUCCUGGACCCCCUCCCUGCCAUCAGGACCCUGCUUGACCGCUCCAAGUCCUACGAGCUCAUCCGGAAGAUUGAGGCCUACAUGAAAGAUGACAGGAUCUGCUCGCCGCCCUUCAUGGAGCUCACCAGCCUGUGCGGGGAUGACACCGUGAGGCUGCUGGAGAAGAACGGCCUGGCUUUCCCCUUCAUCUGCAAGACCAGAGUGGCUCACGGCACCAACUCCCACGAGAUGGCCAUCGUGUUCAACCAGGAGGGCCUGAGUGCCAUCCAGCCCCCAUGUGUGGUCCAGAACUUCAUCAACCACAAUGCCGUGCUGUACAAGGUGUUCGUGGUGGGCGAGUCCUACACGGUGGUGCAGAGACCCUCACUCAAGAACUUCUCUGCGGGCACGUCAGGCUCCUCCCCAGGACCGUCUCUCGUGCCCCCUGUCUGGACUGGCUCCGGUCGGAGUAGCGGGAGGACUGUCGGGCACACCGGGGUGGCCAGGGGCCUCUGUGCCCCACUAGCGGGAAGGAUGCCAGACCGAGAGUCCAUCUUCUUCAACAGCCACAACGUGUCGAAGCCGGAGUCCUCAUCCGUCCUCACGGAGCUGGACAAGAUCGAGGGUGUGUUCGAGCGGCCGAGCGACGAGGUCAUCCGGGAGCUGUCCCGGGCACUGCGCCAGGCGCUGGGCGUGUCGCUCUUCGGCAUUGACAUCAUCAUCAACAACCAGACGGGGCAGCACGCGGUCAUCGACAUCAACGCCUUCCCAGGCUACGAGGGCGUGAGCGAGUUCUUCUCGGACCUCCUGAACCACAUCGCCACCGUCCUGCAGGGCCAGAGCACGGGCACUGCCACGGGGGACGUGGUCCCGCUGAGGCACAGCAGGCUCCCAGCAGAGCAGGCAGGCAGCCUGGCGGGCGAGUGGACGUGCGGCGCCAGCGCGGGCUGCUGCGGCAGCGUGCUGGGCCAGGACGCGCCCUGGACGGCAGAGGCCGAGGCCAGCGCGGGCGGCGCCACCAAGCUGCCGCAGCAGAGACUCGGCUGCACCGCGGGCGUCUCGCCCAGCUUCCAGCAGCACUGCGUGGCCUCCCUGGCCACCAAGGCCUCCUCACAGUAGCCACGGAGCCUGGACCCAGGGCGGCGCGAGGCGCGAGCACACCGCUGGGCCGUCGGCUCCCAACGGACGCUACUAGGAGUUCCCGAGGAUCUGAUGCUUCCUUUUUUAAUUUUUGACCUGAUUUCUGGCGUCGUGGUCUAAACGAGGGGUGGGGAGAUGGAGGGAACAGUGGCCCAGCCUCGGGGACAGGGACUGCCUGCUUCCUGCCUGUGACCUCCCCAGUUUACACAGCGCGUCUCAACACUAGGUCUGAGUGUGGGUGUGUGUGCGUGUGGGUGGUGGUGCCAGGAGUGUGUGCACGUCUGUCGUCUGUCCCCAUGGCUGCUGUGGACCAGGCUCCUGGACCCUGGAGGGAGGCCCGCUCCCCCGGGCUGUCCACGGCUGAGCAGAGAGCGCCGAGGACGGUUCCCCUUCUGCCAGGUCCACCCAUGCCCCAGACCUGACCCUUUCUGCCCACCUUGGCCCUUCCAGGCCGACCCCCCAGGGGAGCUGCUGACCCCUCCCUCCCCAAAGCCAAGGGACAGCGGCUCCUCGAGAAGGCUGUGAGGCCCCGGCCCUGCCCACGGGGAGAGGAAGCUUCCUGUGGGCCGAGGCCCAGACCCUGGCUGCUGCCACUCUUCACUGUUCCCUGGGCCCCCAGGCCCUCCGUGGCUCCCACCUGCCACUGCCCUCCCUGGACCACUCUCCCAGUCUCCUCCCAGCCUCCCCUGGUCUCUAGAGGGCAGUCAGGUCCAGAGAAGGGCAGCUGGCUGGUGCCCAGUGCCCUGCCUGUGGGGCAACCUGCUUCUCCCCAACACCUGGAGGACAGCGGGCGCCUCCGCUGGGAACCACGGCCAGCAGGUCCCUCUUCCGGUGAGAGAAGGCUGCCCCUGGUUCACUCCCGUGCACGGCAGGCACCAAGCCAGCCGCCAGACACCACACCUGCCCAGACCCACUUGCCACAGCAGGCUGACCACUCACUGACCCCAAGUCUGCAGGAGGGGCCCCCGAGGGCACAGGCCAGGUGAGGGACCCGCCCAGUGUGAUCUUGCGAAAUGCAGUUCACUCGGAAAGAGAAAAGGCCGCCGAGCUGUCCUGCGCGGCCCAGUGGGACGGAGGACACUGGAGGGAGCCUCGGAAGGCCCCGCAGAGCCGCUGAGCCGGGCACUCGGGGUGGGGUCCUCCUCUGGACAAGGAGGAACUGGGCCAGCACCAGGGCCGGAAGCCACCAGGACUGCCUGGCCUCCUUGGAAAGAACGGCCCAGGACUGGCCGCGUUUACAGGACCUGAGUGUUGACCCUGAUGGAUGCCUGCUCGUCACCCUCCUGGGCCUGACCCUGAGCCCGGGGCAUGGGGACGCGGGGCAGCCUCUUGCACUGCUUUGUCUCCAGAAUAAACUACUGAGAUCAA